AUGACGUGCAAGCCUGAAGAGUCGCCCAAUGCCCGGUCUGCGCCUGAUGCUGCGUCAGUCCUGACGCUGGUGAACCCGGUGCUGUCCCAGUUCGAGCUCACCGGGAAGCCGUGGGCCUCAUGGGCGCUGCUGGGGGGCACGGUACUGCUGCUGGGUCUGGUCCACCUGCUGGCUUCGCUGCUCAGGCCUGCCGCCUCGGUCUGGUCGGUCGGCGAAUCCGGCGUUCCUGGCCGCCCCUCCAUGCCCGCUGCCCAUAUCGUCACCUCCGUUUAUAAGAGCGAUCGCGAUCAUUACUGCUGCUACCAGCCCGACUCGCCUGCGUGCGACAGCAUCCCCUCGCCUCUGUGCUGGUGCCCCAAUCCCCAGAUCGCAAACUCGCCUGGUUUCCUGCCCGUGUCCCUGCCCGCCGACCCCAUGGCGUCCUCUCCCGUCGUCCAGGCGGCCCUUGGCGUCGCGCACGAGUUCGACUACCCCUCCGACCAGGUGCAGCGCGGGGUUCAGGAAUUCAUCCGCGAGAUGCACGAGGGGCUCUCCAAGCACGGCGCAACCCUCAGCCAGAUCCCCAGCUAUGUCACCAGCGUGCCGAAUGGCACUGAAAAGGGACUGUAUUUGGCAGUUGAUCUUGGUGGAACCAACUUCCGGGUCUGUUCCGUCCAGCUCCAUGGCGACAGCACCUUCUCUCUCACCCAGUCGAAAGUCGCCAUCCCCCGCAACCUGAUGGUGUCCAGUUCCUACAAAGAGCUCUUCAAGUUCAUCGCCAAGCAGAUCGAGGCCUUCCUGGAAGAACACCACAACGAUCACUUCGAGGCCCAUGUGCGGAGACGCCGCUUGACCGGAACCAAUGAGGUAUACCGCGAGGAGGAGAUUUUCGAUCUGGGCUUCACCUUCAGCUUCCCCGUGAACCAGGUCGGCAUCAACCGAGGCACCCUCAUCCGAUGGACGAAGGGAUUCGACAUCCCAGAUGCUAUAGGCAAGGAUGUCUGCUUAAUGUUGCAGGAAGCCAUUGACGAGCUUCACCUUCCUAUACGGGUGGCAGCGCUGGUCAACGACACGGUGGGAACGCUCAUGGCGCGCUCGUACACCUCUCCCGGGAAAACAGAGACCUUACUGGGAGCGAUUUUCGGCACGGGUACCAACGGUGCUUACGUGGAGAAACUCAGCCGAGUGACCAAGUUGGACCCGCUGAAGGGUGCGACGUACAACCAGUCGACGGGUCAGAUGGUGGUCAACACAGAAUGGGGCAGUUUCGACAAUCAUCUCAGUGUCCUGCCGACUACGGUCUAUGACCGAGAGCUGGAUGCGGACUCGGUCAAUCCGGGAGUCCAGAUGUUUGAGAAGCGCGUGUCCGGGAUGUUCCUGGGAGAAAUCCUGCGUCGCGCAAUUCUGGCCCUGAAUCGUGACCCGGCUGUGCAGCUUCUGCAGUCGGAUGGCAGCUCCAUUUCUCCUGACUCGGAUCUGUACAAGAUCUGGGGGAUCGACACCAGUUUUCUGAGCAAAGUCGAGGCCGACGAGACUCCUGACUUGCAGGUUACCGCGGACGCGCUCAAGGAAGAUCUCAAGGCGGAUAAUGCCAGUUUGGCGGACCGCCAGGCCAUCAAGGCCCUCGUGCAUGCCAUUGGCAAGCGCGCCGCCCGGCUGAGCGCCGUUCCACUUGGUGCGAUUCUCAUCGAAUCUGGUCGACUGGAAACGGAUGAUGUCAUCGAUAUUGGAGUGGACGGCAGCCUGGUCGAAUUCUACCCCAAGUUUGUAGACUACAUCCGGGAAGCGCUCCGGGAGAUCCCGCAGAUUGGUGAGAAGGAGCAGAAGGUCCGCAUCGGCAUUGCCAAGGACGGCAGUGGUGUCGGAGCAGCUCUCAUCGCGCUGGUUGCGAAGAAGGAAGACAUAUAG